CGGCGGUUGCCGUGGAAACGAGGCAAGCGUUGAGCUCCCAACGACUCGGGCGCGGGCGGUCGGCUGAGAAGGAAAGCGGGGCCUCCCUGGCGGGGCCGGGAGCAGUAGCGACCCACGGGACGCGGUUUUCGGUACUUCCGGAAGCAGCAUGCACCCCGAGGCCUCGGAGCCCGGGGCGGACGGGCCGGCGGAGCAGGGCUGCGCGCAGGAGCCGGGCGUGGAGGCGUCGGCGGGCGACCACGCGGACGCAGGCCCGGGGGGCCGCCAGGAAGCAAUAAAUGAUCCUAAGGAAACAUGCGUGGGUCCUUGUGACACAUCCUACACAAGCGAGCAGAAGCAGAGUGGUGAUAGCCGGUCAGACAGUCGCUUAGCACAGCAGAGAGACGACAAGGAAGACCAGGGCCCCAGGAUGACUAAAAGUUUUCUGCAAAAACUCUGCAAGCAGCACAAGCUUUAUAUUACCCCAGCAUUGAACGACACGCUGUAUUUACACUUUAAAGGUUUUGAUCGCAUCGAGAACUUGGAAGAGUACACGGGGCUGCGUUGCCUCUGGCUCGAGUGCAACGGGAUACAGAGAAUCGAGAAUCUCGAGGCCCAGACCGAGUUGCGUUGCCUCUUCCUGCAAGUGAACUUGCUUCACAAAAUCGAGAACUUAGAGCCUCUCCAGAAACUGGAUGCUCUCAACCUGAGCAACAAUUACAUCAAGACCAUCGAAAACCUCUCCUGCCUGCCCGUCCUCAACACCCUCCAGAUGGCCCACAAUCACUUAGAGACCGUGGAAGACAUUCAGCAUCUAAAGGAGUGUUUGAAACUGUGCGUCCUUGACCUGUCCCACAAUAAGCUGAGUGAUCCGGAAAUCCUGAGCGUGCUGGAGAGCAUGCCUGAUUUGCGAGUACUGAAUCUGAUGGGAAACCCCGUUACCAGGCACAUUGCUAACUAUCGAAGGACAGUCACCGUUCGACUCAAACAUCUAACGUAUCUGGAUGACAGACCAGUUUUCCCAAAGGACAGAGCUUGUGCGGAGGCCUGGGCCAGGGGAGGGCUCGCAGCUGAGAGGCAGGAGAGAGAGCACUGGGAGAGCAGGGAGAGGAAGAAGAUCACCGACAGCAUCGAAGCCCUAGCGAUGAUGAAGCGGCAGGCAGAGGAGAGAAAACUGCGGAAAGCCAGCUGGGAGGAAGACGGGAAGGGUGACGUGGAUGCCACCGUGGAGGGGACGGAAGAGCCUGGUGAGGCGGGAGGAAGGCGGCAGAAAAUGGAGCUGUUUGUCACGGAAAGCUUCGAGGCCAAGGAUGAGCUUUUCCCAGAAGAGUCGAGUCUCACAGAGGAGCUGCCGGAGGAGGCCAAUGGAGGCACUGAAGAGCAGGGGCCAGGGGGGGCACCCCCGGAGGAAGCCCCGAAGCCGGCCGCCCCCGGAGCUGCCUGCGAAGACUCGGGGCCCCGGACUGCGGCCACUGAUGGUGCAUUAAGCACAGGACUUGCCGGAGACGAGGAUCUGGAAACCGUCAAAGCGGAAGCAAAGGAGCAGCUCUUCAUUGACGACCUGCCCGACUUGGAGGACAUGGAUGCCGGGGAGCCUCCGGACGGCCAGGACGAGGUGUGCGUUCCAAAGGUUACAGCCAUCUCGGGCUCGGGCGACGACAGUGACCCUGAGCUGGACUACACCUCACUCCCAGGGCUGGAAAACACCCCAGACGCCCUUUCAAACAUAUUCGCGAUCCCCAAGGACGCCCCGAGGAAGGCGGAGACGCCCUUUGCAGACCUAUUUAAAGCAGCAGCAAAGAGGGACUUGGAACCCCGAAGCAGGGACACCAGGCCCCCACGCCCGCUGAUUCAGGAGCUCCAUGACGAGGCACCUCCCCCUUCCAGUGAGGACGGGGGCAGUGACCUACUUUCCGCCUCUCCCCUAGGAAACAUCACCGAGAAGAAGGAGCCGCAGUCGAGGACAGAGCUCACAGAGCCCGAGGCGGGAGUCGACCGAGACGACAUUGAAUUUGGCUUGGACUGAACCCCAAGGUGGCCCUUCCACCCCUAGACUAAUGGUGACAGUGAACCCGUGACCAGGCCCCCCCCCGGGGGCCAGACCCCCUUUGUCCAGACUCCCUUCCUUCCAACAAGCUGCACUUCCCGAGGGCGCCCAGGGGAAGCCUGGCCUGCCACGUGGGCCUGUCACGCGGCUCCCCCCCCAGUGCAGUCCCGCCCUCAACGCACACCGUGCCACCCCAUCCCGUUGUGUAAGCUGUGUAAGCGCAAGCUUCUCCCAUGAGCAUUACAGACACGCCAGUACC